AGUAAUUUUAAUAAGAUUGCGCAUGACAAGACAAAAUCGUUUUUGCUGCUGUUUUGCAUAUAUACGGUACUAAAUCACGAAGAACAUGCCAUCGUAUUUAUUAAAGAUCUUGUAAAUCCAAGUCCAUAAAUCUAUAUGACAUAAGUCUCACUACAUUUUAAUGGAGGCAAGUAACUAUAGAUUUAAAAUCAUGGAGCGCAUCUGUGAUUUGGUUUUCGUGGUGCUGAUCGGAUUUACUCUAUUGGGGAAAACCGUAGAUGCCAAUGAGUUUGAGUUCGAUGAUGCAGAGUUUCAUGCUAAUACGACACAAAUGCUGUCAUUUCUAGAAAACUUUUCUAAUUAUUCACAAUCUGCUGCGGUUUAUAAUCCUUUAUAUGUCGGUCUUACUCUCAUUCCGGGAGCUGCAGCCAAAGGCGCUGUAUGUUUGGAUGGAAGUUUACCUGGGUAUCAUUUACAUCGUGGAUUUGGUGCGGGUGCCAACAGUUGGCUUGUUCAUUUGGAGGGUGGGGGAUGGUGUAACAGUUUAAGAACUUGUAUUUACCGUAAAACAACAAGGCGUGGAUCAUCGAAAUAUUUUGAAAAAAGCUUGGCUUUUACAGGAAUCCUGAGCAACAGGGCUGAAGAAAAUCCAGAUUUUUUUAACUGGAACCGAGUUAAGGUUCGUUAUUGUGAUGGGGCUUCUUUUACCGGGGAUUCCGAAGAUCGGGCUCAUGGUCUGCAAUUCAGAGGGCAAAAGAUUUGGUUGGCUGCAAUGGAAGAGUUGAUGUCAAAAGGAAUGCGGUAUGCUAACCAGGCUCUUCUUUCGGGGUGCUCGGCUGGUGGUCUGGCUUCUAUUUUACACUGUGAUGAGUUCCGAGGUUUAUUCCGAAGAAGAACUAGAGUCAAGUGUUUUGCUGAUGCUGGAAUGUUCAUGGAUGCGCGUGAUGUAUCGGGCGGACACACAAUUAGAAACAUGUAUCAAGGUGUUGUUAGCUUGCAGGGUUCAGCUAAAAACUUGCCCAGAACUUGCACAAACCACCUUGAUCCGACUUCUUGCUUUUUCCCUCAAAACAUAGUUUCCAAUCUUAGAACCCCUAUGUUCCUCCUCAAUGCAGCCUAUGAUUCUUGGCAGAUCAUUGCUAGUUUAGCUCCUCCAUCAGCUGAUCACCGGGGUGUUUGGAAGGCAUGUCAAAAGAACCCUGCAAAUUGUUCACCCUCGCAGAUUAAUUUCCUUCAAGUAUUCAGAAAGCACAUGCUCAAUUCACUCAAUCGCUUCUCAAUGUCCAAACAAAACGGAUUGUUCAUAAAUUCGUGUUUUGCUCAUUGUCAAUCCGAGAGGCAGGAUACAUGGUUUGCGGAUAAUUCUCCUCUCAUUGGGAACAAGGCAAUUGCAUUGGCUGUUGGAGACUGGUUUUUUGAUCGUUCAAGCGUCAAACGAAUUGACUGCCCAUAUCCAUAGAUUAAAGACCCAUCGAAUAAUUCCCCUUCUCUGUUCUUCGUGCCACUAAGUUGUGCUUCUCCGACUAUUACUAGGGGUUCAUCUCUGGAUUCAAGACCCAUUGACGAGUUCUCCAACUCCGACGAUAGCUCUAGACAUGUAUCGGUGGUGGAAGCUCCGACAUGUAGCAGUGGUGGGAUCACAAAUAGAAGGAUGAAAACAUGGAGCAAUGGAGGGGUUGCAGUCGACAUCUCCGGCAGGCCCGUCGUGGCUUCCUUUCUCAUCGUCGGUAGUGAAGGAGUCAGGGUAGCAGUAACAAUCAAAGGGGGGUGUUUGGCUGAGAUCGGUGAGCAGAUUAGGAAGAGGAAGAGUACUAUCAUGGUGGCGCAAUGUCUCCUAGUUCCACCGGUUUCCUCCUACACCAGAGAUGCAUAA